AUGUAUAACAAAGGCUUUGUAACCUCCAGCAGCUUAAUUGCCCUAGGGUCAAUGCCAAUAAUGGCUAUGUCAUCCAUUUGUCCCGAGAUCGCCACAGGCAUUGGUCCUCCAACGGAAAGCGAGGAUGUGCCAUUCCCAUCCCAAAAGAAAAGUGCCUUGCGGCCGCAGGCAGGAAAGAUUGCUGCGAUGGGCGUUAUUUCCUAG